UAAACUAAAAAUGUUAGGCCCCAGCUGGUAUUUAGCGGAAGCACCAGUUUAGAAGUUUUCUGCACGCGAGGUAGUGAUUUUGUGCUCGCGUUUGUCCUCAACCUUUUGGAAAAAAGAUCCGAGUAUUCGUACGAAAGGGCAAGAUGGCUGAGGCUCCUCCAAGUAAAGCAACAGACGCAGUCUUGGUGCAGAGCGAAGAAAUGCCGGCAGAUUCUGUUGUUGUCACAGGUUAUGACUUUAGCAAUGGAGUGGACUACCACGCCCUGCUGCAGACCUACCUCACCUCUGGUUUCCAGGCAACCAGCUUCGGCAAGGCUGUGGAGGAAAUCAACAGGAUGUUGGAGAAGAAAGCGGAGCCCUUACCAGUGGACCCAGAGGAAGAUCAGCCCCUGAACCUGCACCCCAUGGGUCGACCCAAAACCAACUGUACCAUCUUCCUGGGCUACACGUCCAACCUCAUCUCCUCUGGGGUCAGGGAGACACUCAGGUUCCUCACCAAACACAAUAUGGUAGACUGUAUAGUGGCCACAGCUGGAGGAAUAGAGGAGGACUUCAUCAAGUGUCUGGCACCAACUUAUCUGGGAGAGUUUCAGUUAAAGGGGAAGGACCUCCGUGUGAAAGGCAUCAACAGAAUCGGUAACCUGCUUGUACCUAAUGACAACUACUGUAAGUUUGAGGACUGGAUCAUGCCUAUAUUGGACCAGAUGUUGCUGGAACAGAAAACUCAGGGCACUGUCUGGACACCUUCCAAGAUGGUCCACAGACUUGGGAAAGAGAUUGACAACCCAGACUCUGUAUAUUAUUGGUGCUAUAAGAACAACAUCCCAGUGUUCAGUCCAGCACUCACAGAUGGCUCCAUUGGGGACAUGAUAUAUUUUCACUCCUAUAAGAACCCUGGUCUAGUGCUGGAUAUAGUGGAAGACAUUCGCAGAAUCAACAACAUAGCUGUCCACUCGCAGCACACAGGGAUGAUCAUCCUAGGGGGAGGUCUGGUUAAACAUCACAUCAACAAUGCCAACCUUAUGAGGAACGGUGCGGAGUAUGCCGUGUACGUCAACACGGGUCAGGAGUUUGACGGGUCUGACGCGGGGGCGCGGCCUGACGAGGCAGUGUCAUGGGGCAAAAUCAAGAUGACUGCUAAUCCUGUCAAGGUGUAUGCAGAUGCGACACUUGUGUUCCCCCUGCUUGUAGCCGAGACAUUUGCUAAGAACAUCAAGGCACCAACACCAAGCUAGCCAUGUACAGAAGCAAUAUGACUUUUAAAGAGAAACUUUCUUUUGAAUCCAUGCUAAUCUUCUCACAAUUUCUUCCCAUUUUCUGUUAACUUGGGAUAUGCAAUUUUCUUACAUGUAAAAGUGUGCUGAAAAUGUUAACCAUACUCUCCCAUAUCUGUGGUCUUUCUAGGUUACUUUCUGUGUUGCAAAAAGGGGAACAUUUGACCAUUUUAUUUUAUCAAUGGCAAGGUUUUUUUAGAAAAGAAAUUGCAUAGUGGUGAUAUGGUAUGGAACAACAGAGUGGGGAAUGGUGUGAGCUCUAGAGAAUUGUAAGUUAAAAUGGGAUAUUUUUUAGGCUUGUUGAAGGGUCAAAAUUACUGUCAGACAGGUCACAGUUGAAGACUGUUGCCAGAUGUGACCUUGGUCAAUCUGAAUAAUUCUAUUCUUGUCAGAGAAUCUUCUACCCUGGGUGAGGGGUGCAUAUAGUUAGAGCAUGGGGCACUGUUACCCUAUUCUCA